UCGGCGGCGGCGGCGCGGAUUGGCCGCGCGACGGUCGUACGAUCGUUCGUAAUUUUUCCGUCGUACUACGUUUGACGUAUCGCUGGACCGCGGCGUGUUUUCCCCGCGAUACCGACCAAGUUUUCGCGCGACGUCAACGGAGAGCGACCUUCGGGAUUCGAGCGACGGCGAUGGCAGACCCGGGCGGCUGGGCGCCGACCCAGGACAAUGACUUCCCGAGUUUCCAAUCGAAUGACAGCUUCAAUUUGAAUGAAGUCACUGGCAUCGAUGAUCUUCUUACGAAUUGCGAGAACGAGCUGCUGAAGAACGGGCUCUUCAGCGACGAAGCCCUGCUCUCCGAGCUGGAGGAGCCCGUGUCGAUGGAUGGAGACACGUUUGACUUUCUGAGUCUCAACAAUGACGAGUUCAAGGAAUUCAAGGAUCCGACGAUCCUCGAGCCGUCGAGUGCGAAUGUUAUGGUGACCCAGCAGGCGGACGGCGGGCAGCCGGUCGCCUACGUGCAGCAGGACGUUGCGUCGGUGCCGCAGAACAGGCCGCAGAGAAUAGUGGCCACCUCGGCCAAUCCUACGGUGUUCAGUUCGCAGUACGCGAUACCGCAAAACGUCAACUUCAACGUGCAGUCGUCGAACGUCGUGACCCUGGCACCGGUCGCUCAACAGCGACAGCUGCUUUUGCCGGCCAAACUGAUCAAGUCGGAGUCCCUCGUGUAUUCGAAGGGCGGACAGACCAUCACGUCAACCCCCGUUCAGCAUCAGAUACACACCCUCGUGAAUACCACAAGCGGGACGGUACUGACCACUGGAAUCCCCGUAGUGCUGGAUACUGACAAGGUACAAAUCAAUCGGCUCAACACGGGCACGCAUGUGGGUGUACCGAGGGUGAGGGAGGUGAAGCGCAGCGCCCACAACGCUAUCGAGCGUCGUUACAGGACGUCGAUCAACGACAAGAUAAUCGAACUGAAGAACAUUAUAGUCGGGAUGGACGCCAAGCUGAACAAGUCGGCAAUCUUGCGAAAAACCAUCGACUACAUUAGGUUCCUGCAAAACACGAAUGCGAAACUGAAGGCGGAGAACAUGGCGCUGAAGGUGGCCGCGCAGCGGCAAAACCUUCGCGAUUUUUUGGUGUGUGGACAGCUGACGCCUCCGCGCUCCGAUUCGAGCGAGCCGUCCCUGUCGCCCGCACCCGCGCCGCUGUCACCGCCGUCUCCGUCGUCGGUGAAGGACGACUCCGAUAUGCUGCACAAUCUGCACCCCGUGCCCACCUCGUCCAACGGAGGCAUACGAGAUCACACUCGGCUGACGUUGUGCGGAUUCAUGCUAUUGUUUUUGGCCUUCAACCCCCUUGGCAUUCUCGUGAACAACAUUGGAAGAUUCAAUUACGAUUACGUGAAUACGAAACUGGACGGACGGACGAUACUCAAUUAUCAAGAUCAGCUGGAAUCCGACAGGCAACCGUGGAGCAGCGCUAUUCUCUGGGUCACCAACCUGAUACUCUUGGCAGUUGGUUUUUAUAAGCUGUUGCUGUACGGCGACCCCGCUUUGCCUACCGACAGCAAGGUCUUCCUCGAGAUACGUCGUUGGCGACGGCAGGCCGAGUUCAAUAUAUCCAAACACGAGUGCAACCAGGCGUACCGGGACUUACACCAGUGCCUGCAGUACUUCGGCCGGUCCUUCCCGCUGUCGCGUACGGAGAUCUUUCUCGCGACCACGUGGCAGAUAGUGCGGCAGGUUCUUCAUAAGUUAUGGCUGGGUAGAUGGGUCAUGCAGUUCAGCAAGUGGCUGUUGGAGAAGUCGGAGCGGCAGCAGGCGGAGACGUCCGCCGUGGAGAUCGCCACCGUUUACCAGCACAUGCUCUGCCUGCGCAUGUCCGAGGGGACCAAGGACUCGACGCUGUAUCUCGCCCUUUGCGCCGUCAAUUAUGCGGAGGCCGCCGGCGAGAGUAUGCCGAAGCCGCUUCUGGCCGAGAUCUACACGAACGUCGCGCUGUGCCUGAAACAGUCCCUCUUCCCGUACAUACACAAAUACUAUCUAGGCAAGGCGCGCGUCCUGCUGUCCUCCUGCGCUGUUCCCCUCAAGCUCAAGUGGAUCAUGACUGACGAGGGCGCGAGAUUCUUGGCGUCUCAGAAGUGGCAGUACAAGAAACAGACCGACAGCGAAUUCACGUCGCAGAGCAGCCGCGCGGAUCCGCUCUCGUACGCGGCCCGUGCAUACAGGGACCACUUGAUCGAGCAGUGCCUACGUUUACUGACGGUCGGCGAGUGUCACGCGUCCACCGUGCUCGAAUUGGGACGGAUCAUCAUGGCCUCCGCGGAGGUGGACGCCUGUUUCCCGUGCGCCGACAAAAUCAGCGUAGCGACCUGCGAAGACGAGAUUGGGCUAUGGUGGGGAGCGGUAAUUUGCGCUGCAGCGAGUUGGCGAUUGGGGGAAGAAGAUUCCAAGGCGUGGAGCGUCGUUGAGAGCAGAUUCCCGUACGAGAGAAACUUCCAAAUUGGCGACAACAGCAGCAGCAGCAGCCCGUUACCCCACGCGGUGCUCAGUGUUCUCCAGGUGGCGAAGAAUCCCACGAAAUUGGUCUCCAUGCGUUUCAUCGAUCAGGCGGGGCUGCUGCUCGAGCAGUCCACGGUGUACUAUCAUUGCAAGGAGCAAUCGUCGCAGCAGGUCUUGCUCACUCAGUUGCUAGUUUGCGACUGGCUUCUCGAGAUUCGCACGAUUCUCUGGCAGGAGUUGGACACGGAGCCGGAGAGAUCGGCCGCGAGCGUAACUUCUCUCGCUGGCUUUCAGCGCGAUUUGGCGUGCUUGAGACAAUUGUGUCAGCACAUUCCGUCUGUACUGGCGAGAGUGUUUCUGUACGAGGCUACGGCGCGCAUGAUGGCCGGCGCAACGCCGGUGAAGACUCAGAUCUUGCUGGAUCGUAGUUUGCACAACAGGAACUCGCGCUCCUCGAUCAUAUGCGGGAAGGACCGGUCGCAGGAGCAGAACAACAGCGAGAGGGAGCACGCGGUCGCGUUGUGUCUGGCGUGCAGGCAUCUGCCGACGUUGCUGUUGGCCUCGCCGGGAGAACGCGCCGGCAUGCUCGCGGAGGCCGCCAAGACGCUCGAGCGAAUAGGGGACAGGAAACGUCUUCAGGAAUGCUACAAACUGAUGCGGCAAUUGGGCUCCGCGAUCACCGUCAAUUAGACGUGAUUGUCGGUGGGCUUGAUUUUUUUAAAAAUAUUUUUGCAUCCCCAUUGUACGCGUUGCGUAUACCUAAAAUUAUAUGUAUUCAUUUAGUGGUCUGGUUUGGACAACUCUCGGCCUGAUUUAACGAUCCCCAGGGCUACGUUCGGAAACAUCACCCACAUUUAGACCAUUUACACCAGGAAAUAUAUAUGUAGUUUACAUUGUACGUUUUCUAAUGUUUAAAUGUACUCGCGUGACAUUUCCGAGCACGGUCCAGAAGGAUCGUAUCUUCUGUCAAAAUUGUUAAAAAAAUUUUUUUCUCUAUUAUGUAUUUAUGACACACUGCACGUUUCAGAGGCAUUGUCGCACCACAUUUAAUUAUGUGCGAGAACCUGUGAUGUGCACGACAAGGAUGAUCGGAUUGUGAAUACGAAAGCGAUAAUCGACAAGAAAAUCAUACCCAAAGUUACACUUAAAUUUGACAUCAUUGUAACCACUGUAUAUAUUUAACUUAUACUUGGUUUGUAAGUAGCAUCUAACUUAUGCAAUACGAUUAUUGAGCGUUUUUCUUUAGUAAUCAUUUUCUCGUACUUGUGUUGCACGGAUUAAUUUUUUUAAUUAUAAUUUUACUCCAAGGUUACUUAAGAAAGCACCUUAUUUACAGACUGUUUAAUAUAUAUAUAUAUACCUAAUUAUAAUUUGAAAUAAUUACCACUCCUAAUUAUAUAAGUAGAAUAAUUUACUUACAUAUUUUUAUGAUAAAAUAAGUGUCGUGUAAAGACAUGUUGAAGUUAAUUGA